AUGGAAGACACGCCAAAAAGUCUGAAUUUGGUCUUAAUUGGAAGAACGGGAGCUGGUUUAUCAGGAAACACAAUACUGGGACAACAAGCUUUCAUAUCAAAGGAAAGCUCCAAAUCUGUCACACAGGAAGUUUCUGUUCAAUCUGUGACAUUUGGUGACCUAUCAGUCAAUGUUUAUGACACACCAGGAUUAUAUGACACAGAUAUCAAUGAAGAGACUAUUCAACAGACACUUGAAAAGUUUCUUCAGACGUGUAAAUCUGGUCCCUGUGUGUUUCUGCUGGUCAUCAAAGCUGACAAAUUCACUGAAAAGGAGAAAGAAAUUGUGGAGAAGAUUGAGAAGCGCUUGGGAGAAAAACACCUGAAGAAAACCUGGAUUCUCUUCACCAAAGGAGACGAACUAGAUGAAGAAAAUAUGACCAUACAAGAAUUCCUAGAUGACACUGAACCACUGAAGAAACUUGUUCAGAAAUAUGAUCAGAGAUACCACGUGUUCAACAACAAGGCAAAGGAAUGUACUGGGCAAGUUAGAAACCUGCUUAUAAAAAUACUUAAGUCAUAUUGUGACACAUUGGAAGAUGUUCCAGAGAUACUGAAUCAGAAUCCACUGAAGAGGAAAUCAUAUAAAGACAUUAAACCAGACGCUCCUGCUGACAGUCUCUCGUCCAGACGGAUUGUUCUUCUGGGUAAAAGUGGUGUUGGGAAGAGUGCUGCUGGAAACAUAAUACUGGGAGAGAAACCGUUUAAAUCCACUAGGAGUGCGAGUUCAGUAACCAGUGAAUGUUUAGUGCAAUGCAACACUGUUUCAGGAAGAUCUGUGUCUGUAAUUGAUACUCCUGGAUUCUUCGACACACAGAUGGAACAAGGGGAGUUAGCUGUAAAGAUAGCAAAAAGUGUUUAUAUAUCCAGUCCUGGACCGCACGCUUUUCUCAUUGUUCUCAGAGUAAUUGACAGAUACACUGAACAGGAGCAGCAGAUUCCUCAGCACAUUGAGUGGAUGUUUGGUCAAGAAGUGGUAAAAUACUCCAUCAUUCUCUUCACUCAUGGAGAUCAGCUAGAAGGAGAAUCUGUAGAUGAAUUCAUUAAGGAGAACAGUAAAUUAGGAGAUCUAGUUGGUCAGUGUGGAGGCAGAUAUCACGUGUUGGACAAUAAAGAUGAGAAUAACAGAGAUCAGGUGAACGAUCUACUGCAGAAGAUUGACACAAUGAUAGAGCAGAAUGGAGGAGGACACUACAGUAAUCAGAUGUAUGAAGAUGCUCAGAGUUUCAGACGAGAAGCAGAAGAACAGAGACAGAGAGAGGAGAGAAAACAAGAUGAGACAGUCAGAGCAGAGAAUGAUCCUGAGAGAUCUGAACAGAAAAAGGAGGCAGACACAAGCAGUGGAUUUAAGAGGUUUUUUCAUAAGUAUCAGCACUAUUUUAAAUUGGCAGCUGUUGUAAUUGGCAUUUCCAGGAAUCCAAAUGAUUCAUGA